CGGACGACAGCGACUUCUACGCCCUGCUGGACAUCUGGUUCCCCGAGAAGAAGUCCCUCCCCACAGCUUUCCUGGUGGACACCUCCGAAGAGGCCCUGCUGCUCCCCGAUUGGCUGAAGCUGCGCAUGAUUCGCUCGGAGGUGCCGCGGUUGGUGGAUGCAGCCUUGCAUGAUUUAGAGCCCCAGCAGCUCCUUCUCUUCGUCCAGUCCUUCGGCAUCCCGGUCUCCAGCAUGAGCAAACUCCUGCAGUACCUGGAUCAAACCGUUUCACACGACCCUCAGACCCUGGAGCAGAACAUCAUGGACAAGAAUUACAUGGCCCACCUUGUGGAGGUGCAGCACGAGAGAGGAGCCACGGGAGGGCAGACCUUCCACGCCCUCCUCACCGCCUCCCUGCCGUCCCACCCAG